AUGGAAGCAAUCAACAGCUUGGCAAGCGUGGCCACCAAGGCCAUCUGGGGAGAGACCAACAACACCACCACUGCCACCAAUGACAAAGAAAAAGACGCUCCCGCAGCUCUUGAAGUAGCAAAGAAGGAGCCUAUCUCCGGUGUCCAAGGAGAUACGGCCAAGGGUGAGCCCUUUGAUGCCGGCAACAUUGAAAAUGUUGAUGCUGCGAGCAGAACCGAGGCCGAGAGCAAGAUCAAGAUAGACGACAAGACUGAAGACGAGAGCAAACCCAAGACGGAAAACAAGACGGUAGCCAAGACGGAAACCAAGACCGAAGCCGAUCCGGCCGCCGGAGACAAGCCGUCGUCGCACAUGAAGAACGACAGCACUACUCACCAAAGUGAUGUCCGUGAUCCCGCGACCACAGCCGACAAUCACAAGGAAGAGGAGAAGCAUGAUGUCGACAAUGUCGAGCCCCUCCAGGCGGACAAGCUGAAGGGCCCCGGUCCUAAGCCACUGGAAAUGGUUGCUAGGGAACGAGGAGGCGACGCUGGCAACUCGCCUGCGGACGCCAAAACGGACACCCCGAACCCUGUCGAUGGUGCGGCCGAUGUCGCCAAAGAUGAUGCCGAGAAGAAGAAGGACUCUCCCAACCUCAACGAGGAUGGAGAGCCACUGGGGACAAAGCAUAUGAGCAGCACUGGUGUGGCUGCUGAUGGGGGUGAUUUUGAUGCCGCCAAUCCUGGCGCUGGCGCAGAGGCCGAGAAGAUCCUACAUGACAAGGGCAUUCACACCGAAAAGCCGGCAGCGGAUAAGAAGGAAGAUUCGCCCACCCGCAAGGCGGUUUCGCCCAGCGGCAAGUCGACGGGGGGAAGCCCCGAUAGAAAAGGCAUCAGGGGUCUCGGCCACAAGAUUAAGGAUAAGCUGCGCCGGAGCUCGCAGUCCUGA